AUGGAUUCAUUAAUUAGCAGCACACUGUUCAUCCUAUUAACGUGCACUAUUAUACAAGUUCUUCUUUCACUGCAUGCAAGAAGCAAGAAGCAAAAACACAAGCUUCCACCAGGACCUUCCCCUCUUAAUAUUGUGGCAAACCUUGUUCAAAUUUGCAAAAGGCCACACCAAUAUUUGGCAAAGCUUGCAAAGGUUCAUGGCCCAAUAAUGCGUUUGAAACUAGGCCAAGUAACAACCAUAGUCAUUUCCUCAGAAGACAUAGCCAAAGAGGUGUUCCAAACCAAUGAUCUCUUACUCUCAAGCAGAUUCGUUCCUCAAGCUGUAACAGUUCACAAUCAUGAUCAUUAUAGCUUACCCUACCUCCCAGUUUCAGAUCUUUGGCGAGACCUUAGAAAAAUAUGCAAUAUCCUAUUAGUCUCCAACAAGACCCUUGAUGCAUGUCAAGAACAUAGAAGCAAUAAACUACAAGAACUCUUAAAUGAUAUACAUAGAAGCAGCCUAAUAGGUGAAAGUGUUGAUAUUGGAAGAGCAGCUUUCAAGACUUCAAUUAAUAUCAUAUCAACCACUUUUUUCUCUCUGGAUUUUGUUAACUCUGUAGGUGAAACUGAGGAGUACAGGGAUAUAGCAGAGAGUAUCAUGAAAGCUAUUGGAACACCAAACGUGGUGGAUUUUUUCCCAGUGUUGAAGAUCCUUGAUCCACAAGGCCUCAUAAAGUGCACACAUGGUCACGUGACGAAGUUGUUCCAUAUCUUUGAUCACUUGAUUGGGAAACGGUUGAAGCAAAGAGAAGGGGAAAACUAUGUAGUAAAGAAUGACAUGUUGGACAACCUGCUCAACAUUUCUCAAGAGAAUAGCCAAAAGAUGGACAACAUAAAGAUUAAACACUUCUUUCUUGAUCUACUUGUUGCGGGGACUGAUACAACUACAUAUGCAUUAGAAAAGGCAUUGGGUGAACUACUCCACAACCCAAGGAUUAUGUCAAAAGCCAAAAGGGAGCUGGAGCAAACCAUUGGAAUAGGUAAACCUGUUGAGGAAUCAGACAUUGCUAAACUCCCAUAUUUACAAGCAAUAGUAAAAGAGACCUUACGUUUAUACCCACCAGCUCCACUUAUAUUUCCUAGAAGAGCCAAGGUUGAUUUGGAAAUCUCAGGCUACACAAUCCCACAGGGUGCACUAGUCGUAAUCAAUGUGUGGGCCAUUGGUAGGAACUCAACCAUAUGGGAUAAUGCACAUUUAUUUUUGCCAGAGAGGUUCAUUGGGUCAGAAAUUGAUGUCAAAGGACGAGAUUUUCAGUUCACACCAUUUGGUAGUGGUAGGCGAAUAUGUCCUGGCUUACCACUUGCUAUGAGAAUGUUGCAUGUGAUGUUGGGAUCAUUAAUCAACUCUUUUGAUUGGAAACUUGAAAAUAAUUUGAAACCAGACGAUAUGGAUAUGGAUAUGGACAUGGACAAACCCGUACGAGCUAUUCCGGUUAUUAUAAACAACUAA